GUUCUUUAUAAUCUGCAUAAACUUAAAUUGUCUCCUAACUUGAAUUGGCAAGCUGUCAUAGUCGCACACUACACACAUGAAAAGACGUGUUCACAUAAAUUCGAAUGGUUAAAUGUCAAAAAGCGGAUGUUACACAAGUGACUGUUACUUGCAAACAGGCCUUGACCAGGGCGACAAAAAGUGUUGUCUCCCCUCCAUUUCCUACUUUCUUGCGACACAAUCUUGACAUUUAAAUGAGGUUUUAUGGAUCGAUGGGCUUGAAACUCACCAAUGUGAGGACCAUGACCCACACACUUGUCAAAAGCUCUCAACUCAACACUCGUUUCAUUACCACAAAGUCGACUUUACCCAAACCAAGAAAGGACUUUGCGCCUUCUUACAAUGCCAAAGCAGUAGAAGAAGGCUGGUACGAGUGGUGGUGUUCCCAAGGAUUAUUUAAAGCGAGCAGUGCAGAUUACAUGGCUACCCCACAAGAGAAAAAGCCCUUUACGAUGAUUACACCACCGCCCAAUGUGACAGGAUCUUUGCAUAUCGGGCACGCAUUGACAUUUAGUGUCCAAGACGCUAUUGUGCGAUGGAAACGAAUGAAUGGAUAUGACGUCAAGUGGAUUCCAGGAACAGAUCAUGCUGGUAUUGGCACCCAAUCUGUUGUGGAAAAGAUGAUUAUGAAGGAACGUGGAUUAACUCGUCAUGAUAUGGGUAGAGAAGCCUUUGUUAAAGAGAUAUGGAAAUGGAAAGAGAAAUACGGCAAUCAUAUUUUACAUCAAAUGAGACGUAUGGGCGCUUCAUCGGAUUGGGACAGUGAGUUUUUUACAAUGGACGCGGAUCGUUACGAGGCUGUCCAGAACGCUUUUAUGCAAUUGCACAAGGACGGGUUGAUCUAUCGAGACACACGUCUCGUCAAUUGGUGUUGUGCUUUAGAGACCGUUAUUUCGGAUAUUGAAGUGGAUUAUAAGGAUGUGAAUGGAAGAACACUAUUAAAUUUACCUGGAAGAUCAACACCUGUUGAAUUUGGUGUUUUGCAUAACUUUUCAUAUAAGGUCAUUGACCCCGACUGUGGUGGUAUUGAGGAAUUAACUGUAUCAACUACACGUAUCGAAACUAUGCUUGGUGAUUGUGCAGUCGCUAUUCAUCCGGAGGACGAACGAUACAAGAGUCUCCAUGGAAAAUUUGUGUAUCACCCAAUUCUUAAAAAAGAAAUCCCCAUUGUUUGUGAUGAAAAUUUAGUAGACAUGGAGUUCGGUACUGGUGUAGUCAAAAUCACACCAGCCCAUGACCCUAAUGAUUAUGCUUGUGCUCGUCGUCAUCAUCUUCCUAUUGAGAGUAUUUUUGACAAACUGGGAAAACUGAACAGUAACUGCGGUUUACCCGAAUUAGUAGGACACGAUCGAUUCGAAGUGCGCCAGGUGAUUAUAGACAAAUUAAGCCAGAUUGGUAGCUACAAAGGCAGAAAUGACAAUCAUGUGAUGAGAGUAGCCGUGUGUUCUCGCUCUGGGGAUGUGAUUGAACCCUUAUUACAGCCUCAAUGGUAUAUCAAAUGUAAAGAACUUGCAAAAAUCUCGAAAAAGCAAGUGGAGGAUGGUAGAAUGAAAAUCGUGCCAGACCAAUUUGUACAAGAUUGGUAUAGAUGGUUGGAUAAUAUUCAGGAUUGGUGUAUAUCUAGACAAUUAUGGUGGGGACACGAAAUUCCGGCCUAUCAAAUCAAAUUAAAAGAAAUGACCGAAAUUUCUGGCCAGGAAUUAUGGGUUGUCGGUUCCGAUGAGAUUAGUGCUGGGAAAAGUGCCCAGGAACUCUUGGAAAAAAAUGGUUAUCCUAAAAACAUCUCGUUUGAAUUGAUAAAGGAUGGCGAUGUGUUAGAUACUUGGUUCUCGGCAGGUUUGUUACCACUUUCUGCUCUAGGCUGGAAGGGAAGACAAGGUGAAAAGAUUCCGGAUCGUUAUCCAAUCCAAGUCAUGGAGACUGGUUUUGAUAUCCUAUUUUUUUGGGUUGCACGAAUGGCUAUGUUGUCGAAUCAUUUCACCAACAAUAGUGUACCAUUUGAGACGAUCUUUUUACACGCUAUGGUUCGUGACGCUCAAGGGCGCAAAAUGUCUAAAUCUUUGGGUAACGUAAUCGAUCCCCUACAUGUGAUUGAAGGUGUGAGUCUACAAAAUAUGAAGGACAAUUUGUUACACACAAAUCUCCCUGAAAAAGAAAUCGGAACGAGUACUCGUAAUUUAGAGCAAGAAUAUCCAAAUGGUAUCCCUCCCUGUGGUACAGACUCGUUGAGAUUUGCACUUGUGCAAUACACACAACAAACAAGACAAAUUAAUCUAGAUAUAUCCAAUGUCAUUCAAACCUCCUACUUUUGUAACAAAUUAUGGAACCUUUUCAAAUUCGGACUUGGUCGUUUAGAAGCACAACCUGAACUUCAAUUUGACAGCAAGGAUAUUUUGUCUCUUCAAAAGGAUCAGAAAUUGUCCUUGGCAAAUCGAUACAUUUUGUCUCGAAUGGCGGAUACAGUGACUAAAUGUCAUGCUGGUUUUGAGUCAUCUCGUUUAUUUGAAGCAACUGAUGCAUUACGUAGAUUCGUGGUAGAGGACGUGUGUGAUAUUUAUGUUGAAUUUUCCAAAUCAGCUUUGACCAGAUGUGAUCCAGAUGAAAAGAACACAACUCUGCGUAUUUUGCAUGCAUGCAUGGAUAUAUCUCUGCGUUUGGCUCAUCCGUUGAUGCCUUUUGUCACAGAGGAACUAUGGCAACAAAUGAAGACGAGUCUUCAACAAACGCCACAUGCCCCUUCACUCAUGGUCGAAACCUAUCCUGAUCCUCUCGAAUAUUCUAAAUUACACGGUGAAAACGUUGAAGAUCAUUUCAAGGUUAUUCUAUCCAUCAUUCAUGCGUCAAGAUCUUUAAGACAAGGGAAUCAAAUUAGCAUAGGAAAGGAGUUACCUUUUACCAUUUUGUGCAGCGACACUAAAUUAUUAGAUCAGAACGGACCUCUCAAGCUAUAUUUGAGCGAAAUUCAACACUUUGUAAAGGCAUCGGACAUGACUGUACUUGAUGCAAAUUUAACGGACGUAGACAUGAACAAAUGGACUUCAAAAGUAGUCGACAAUCAUUUAAAAAUACUCGUUCCGACAACAGAGGUCAUUCGUGCCCAAUUGGAAAGCGCCGCAGCAAAGGGAGCCGACAUAAGUACUGUCAUUAAAAACAAAAACGCACUGUUGACCAAAAAACUGAACAAAGUUAAACUCGAUUUGGAAAAACUGAAGACUAAAAUGAACAAACCGGGAUAUGAACAAUCCGUGCCGGAAAUCGUAAAGGAAAAGAACAUGCAACGUCUUGUUAUGCUUGGUUUAGAAAAUGAGACAAUUCAAAAUGAUUUAAACUCACUAGAAAUGAUUAAACAGGAUUCGGCACUCUUGCCGUAACACACAUCAAGUAUGAUUCCAUGCAACUAUAAAAUAAAAAAAGAUAAGUUUCAUGUUAAUUUUUAUAAAUGGAAAACAAUCGAAUAAAUUGAGUCAUAAGCGACUUUCCUUCUUUCUGAUCAAGUGGAGAAGGUGCC